CAACAUUAAUAAUCACGACUGUUAACCUACUUCGCGAUAAAUGUAAUUAUUGUCAAGUCACUCGUCCAUGAGGUGAGGACUGACAAUGAGGGUGCAAACUGGGGUCUCGUUUCUUUUUGCUUUGGUAUUGGCUUGCCAAGCCAAAAAAGACUACUCAGGCUAUCAGGUCCUAACCACUGGGAAACUGAGCCCUGUCCAAGUUGAUGCCUUGCGAAACCUCCAAACCUCCGAUGAACGGUUCGAUUUCUGGAAGGAGGCACAUCCUGACGGUGCCGCUGAUGUUAUGAGUUCUGCUGAUCAUUUAACGGCUCUCAAGGAAUUCUUGACCAAGCACAAUAUUGAUUAUUCGGUUAAGAUCCAAGAUGUAGGAGAGGCCAUCCAGAUCAGCGAGAAACCAUCUCCUACCAAGAAAUCCAAUCCUAAUGCUAGAUACAACUUGAACUGGGAUGAGUACGGUAGUCACGAUGAUUUCAAUGAGUUCAUUGAGGAGAUUGCCAGCCAGAAUUCGUGGGCUUCCGUCCGCUCCAUUGGCAAGAGUGUGGAGGGUCGGGACAUGAAAGUCCUGGAAUUGACCAAGGGAGGAUCCGGAGCUCCUAAUAUCUUCAUCGAAGCUGGCAUCCAUGCGCGUGAGUGGAUUGCGCCCGCUGUGGCCACUUACACCGUCAAGGAGUUGGUGGAAAACUAUGACUCUCAUCCAGAAUACUUGGACAACUUCAAUUUCUAUGUCUUGCCUUGUGCCAACCCUGAUGGCUAUGAAUAUUCUCGAUCCACUGACCGAUUGUGGAGAAAGAACCGCGGAUUGAACGAUGGAGCCUUGUGCAAAGGCGUGGACUUGAACCGAAACUGGGAGUUCCAUUGGGCAGAGUCGGGUGUGAGCGAUUCCCCUUGUUCCGACGUGUUUUGUGGAUAUACCCCCACUUCCGAGAUUGAAAGCCAAAACAUCAAGGCCUUCUACAGUACAUUGAGUCCUGUGCCAGAGUUGACCGUUUGUUUCCACAGCGCCGCUAAUCUCUGGUUGUAUCCUUAUGGUUAUGCCUACGAUUCUUAUCCCGAUAACGUGGACGAAAUUAGACGUUUGGGCGAGGAUGCAGUGGACGCAUUAAAUGCUGUUAAUGGGCAAAGUUUCGAGUGCAUCAACUCAGCUGAGCUCUACCCCGCUGCUGGUGCCUCUGAUGACUACUAUGCCUCUUUGGGCAGUCGAUUUGUCUACACUCCCGAGCUCCGCGAUAAUGGAUUCGGAUUCGUUUUGCCUCCCGAAUAUAUCAUUCCUAGUGGUGAAGAGGUUUGGGCCGCAUGGAAAGUCAUGUUGGACAAAAUCAUGCCCAACAAAGAAUAAGACUUAUUUUGGAAUAUAACCCUUCAGCAAAGAAGAUUUAUAACGAAA